AUUUCGUUCUUUCAAGGACUGUCUGAGCAUCGCGUUCAUCCUCCAAGAAACAAUGCAUGUUCUACCGCAGAUCAUCUUCACUUGGCGCGUGGUGAAAAAUCCAAUGACCACUCCUCUCUCCUUGGUAUCACUCACAUUGAUCGAAGUCGCUGAUCCAUCCAUUAACCUAUAUUCUUCUAUAUCCGGCUUGUUAUCCAUUCUUGCGAGCGAUUUGUCCAGAGCACGCAAGGUAUAUGAGAUAGAGAACAUACGGAAUCAGGUUGUGAAUGGCACGGAACCGUUCCCCGAGAACCAACAAUCUCUUGCAAAUGGCAUUUCUGUUGAAUUCAAGAAUGUUUCGUUCCAGUACCCUGGUCGAGACAGGUGUGCUCUACGGAAUGUAUCGUUCAAGAUCGAGGCUGGUCAGCUAUGCGUCGUUGUUGGUGUGAACGGCUCUGGAAAGAGUACGAUCUUGAACCUGAUCUCCCGCAUCUACGACCCAACGGUGGGCACCAUCCUUAUCGACGGCCGUGACAUCAAAACCUUGAAACUUGCUGACCUCCGUGCUGCUAUGUCCAUCCUCUUCCAAGACUAUUCGCAAUUCCCCCUCUCCGUGCGCGAGAACAUUGGGCUUGGCAACCCCGCUCUUGCACAUGAGGAUGACAAGGUUCGCGAAGCCGCCCGUCUCGGCGGCGCAGAAGACUUCAUCGAUGAGCUCCCUAAUGGAUUUGAUACCUACUUGGACCGCCUCGUGGAUGAUUACUACGGAGACCUUCCUGAAGGUACUACGACGCUGUUCGGACAUCCCGUUGAGUCCUCGCCACGGAAUACCGUUGAUGGUGUCCAUAUCACCGGAUCUCCCGACCUUCAAAUCAGCUGGGGGCAGGUGCAGCGGCUUGCAAUCUCCCGCACAAUGAUGCGCUCAUUGAUCUCUGAAACUGAGUAUUUCGCUGGCAUGCUGUUAUUCGACGAGCCGAGUGCCUCCCUCGAUCCUACGGCCGAACACGAUCUCUUCGAGCGUCUACGAAAGUUGAGGGGUAACAAGACCAUGAUAUUCUCCACUCACCGGUUUGGAAAUCUCACCCAAUAUGCGGACCUCAUUCUGUACAUCGAUGAAACUGUCCAGGAAGAAGGGACGCACGAUGAACUCAUGAAGAAAGGGGGAGAGUAUGCUCGUAUUUGGAAUCUUCAAGCGAAACCAUUUAAUGGCCAGAUACCGAGACCAUAACAAUACUUUGUACCACUCACUCUCAUGCAUAUUUUCAGUCGCGCAAUCCGUUUACCACUAGAUUUCAGUGUGAACUGCCAGGGUCCCAGACAUCUGCUGUUGUUGUUACUACUUCAGAAUGUACUAUUUGGCUAAUUAACCAUGUCAGUUUUUGCAGUGGUGCACACAAGUUGCCAGCUUCGGUUGUCCGCACCCAUGAUAAGUCUUGAGACCAUGACCAUACAAUGUGGAUUGGUACCCCAGCGUGAUUCAAUCGAGCUCAGGUUGCUUGUUGCCACGCGUUGACAAUAGAUCCACUCAGGGCAGUUAAGUAGUACUGUCUCUGUCAGGGUCCUCAUCGCACCCGACAUACUCCCCCCCUGAGUAGCAUUUUCCUCAGGCAGGUG